CGCUCGGAGCCCGGCCGGAGCCUCCCAGGUACAUGGUGCGGGUCCGAGCUGUGGUGAUGGCCCGAGAUGACUCCAGUGGGGGCUGGCUGCCUGUGGGGGGCGGGGGCCUCAGCCAGGUGAGCGUAUGUCGGGUCCGAGGGGCCAGGCCCGAGGGGGGGGCCCGCCAGGGGCACUACGUCAUCCACGGGGAGCGCCUCCGGGACCAGAAAACCACCUUGGAGUGCACCCUGCGGCCAGGCUUGGUUUACAACAAAGUAAACCCCAUCUUCCACCACUGGAGCCUGGGAGACUGCAAGUUCGGACUGACAUUUCAGAGUCCUGCAGAGGCUGACGAGUUCCAGAAGAGCCUGCUGGCCGCGCUGGCUGCUCUGGGCCGAGGCUCGCUCACUCCCUCCUCUUCCUCCUCCUCCUCCUCCUCCCCUUCCCAGGACACUGCCGAGACUCCCUGCCCUCUGACGUCCCACGUGGACAGCGACUCCUCCUCUAGUCAUAGCCGCCAGGAGACGCCACCGGCAGCAGCAGCAGCGCCCAUCAUCACCCUGGAGUCAGCUUCUGCCUUCGGGCCGGCCACGCCCCCCCAGCGCCGCCGUUCCUCCGCUCAGAGCUACCCUCCGCUUCUACCGUUCACCGGGCUUCCGGAGCUGGCGGAGCCGGUGGCGGGGGCGGUUGGCCAGGGCUGGGGCGGACGCGGCUAUGAGGAUUACAGGCGCCCCGGGCCUCCCCCGCCCCUGGCCCUGUCCACCUGCGUGGUGCGCUUCGCCAAGACUGGCACGUUGAGGGGUGCGGCCCUGGGUCCCCCCGUGUCACUACCUGCCCCUCUCACCGAGGCUGCGCCCCCAGCACCCCCAGCCCGACCACCCCCGGGCCCAGGCCCUACCCCUGCACCCGCCAAGGCCUCCCCUGAGGCCGAGGAGGCAGCGCGCUGCGUGCACUGCCGUGCGCUCUUCCGCCGCCGCGCAGACGGGCGUGGUGGCCGCUGUGCAGAGGCCCCGGACCCUGGUCGCCUACUGGUACGCCGACUCAGCUGCCUGUGGUGCGCCGAGAGCUUGCUCUAUCACUGCCUGUCGGACGCCGAGGGCGACUUCUCGGACCCGUGCGCCUGUGAGCCAGGUCACCCGCGCCCUGCGGCGCGCUGGGCCGCCCUGGCGGCGCUCUCCCUGGCAGUGCCCUGUCUCUGCUGCUACGCCCCCUUGCGCGCGUGCCACUGGGUCGCUGCAAGAUGCGGCUGCGCGGGCUGUGGGGGUCGCCACGAGGAAGCUGCACGGUGAGGACUGCCUGGCGGGUCCGGUUGUUGGACCAGACCGAGGACCCCAACUUAAGGGUCCAGGACCCCAGACUUGGUUCGAAUCUAAAAUCCAAACCUAGGCACAUUUGGAACUUGAAGCUUGAAUUUGGACUGAGAAAUCCCAGACCUGGAAUCUGGACCCUAGAUCGAUGACUGAGCAGCCCCAGGCCUAGUUUCAUUGGGAUAUCUGUCAAGAGCACCCAGGCCUGAGUUCUGGAUUCUCCAUCCUUCUUCCCUACUGAGGACACUCGCUACUCCCCGGAGUGCAUUUCAGAGGGCCUGGGAAGCACACAGAUCUUUGAGAGAUGUAGGGACCUUGAGCCCUGACUCCCUAUGCAUUUGACCAACUCAGACCCCCUUCACACUGGCACCAUAACCCUCAGAUUAUAGCCCCAUAAUUAGGAGUUGCCAAUACCUGUUCCUGCCUGUAUCCAGUUACUCCCAGAUCUUGAGACCACAGGUCCCCAAAUCACCCCCAAAUGGUCCCUAAAUGUUCAUAUGGGACCUGGUACUCCACAUCUGAGAUGUUCUUAUAGUCCCAGGACCCCUGAGACAUCAAACCCUGGAAUCAGCAGAUGCUGGCCUCAAGUCUACUCAUUACUGAGUGCCCCACAGACCUGGCCUUUGAUCCCGGACACCAAGAUCUAACUUGUACACGUGACCCCAGAUGUCCUAGGACUGGAGACUUAAGAUGCGUUGAGUUCUUGGAUAUGCACAAACAUGAGAUGUUCUCUGACCAAAAUGAUUUAGGAGGCCUGUCCCAGAACUUCACAGGUACCAGUCACCAAGAUGCUGUGCAGAUAAGGAAUUGAAGACCUUUGUAGAUUCACCCACCCCGCAAACCAGUGUUCUUGGGGGCUUUGAAUCUCAUAUAUGAACUCUGAGGUGUGUGAUAUUCCCAGCGUUUCACUGAAGGCCACCAGUACCUCAGGGCCCAAAGACACUGUCUCAAAUCUUCAAAAAGCCCUCUUUCAGCCCACCUCGAACCUCAACGUUGAGACCCAAAUGCCCUAGAAUCCUUGGCUUCCUUCUAUCCACAGAUCCCCGGUCACCUAAGGCCAGGUGGAAGUCCAGCUCCUAGAAGAUGGGAUGGCAAUCCAGACCUCAACCCCUUGGCCUCCAGCUCCUGAGUGACCCCAGGGUGCUUUAAGAGCACUGGAUCCCAGACUCCAAGGUGCCAUUGACCGUCAGAUGCAGGGCUUGGGCCCUGACAACAUUGGGAUUGUUCCUAAUUCAAGACCUUGGUCCUUCCAUACCACAGUCACUCAGAUCCAAGACAACCAGAACCCUAGCACCCUCGGACACCAGAGUUCUUGGACUCAAACUUGUCUAACCUGAUGAAGUCCCAAGAUGCCUCUAUGCCUGAUUCCCUGGGCUUGACUCGGAACUGUUGCCCUGUGAAUCCUGCCGCGCACAGGCCCCUGAGACCCCAAGCUCCCGGACUUUGGAAUUCUGGUUUCCAGGACCCCAGCCCAGUACCCUAGCAAUCCUCAGCAUCGCCCUUAUCCUGAAGUUCAUCACCUUGAACUCAGAUGCCCAGAUUCAGGGCUCUCCAGGAGCUCCCCAUCCCCACCUCCAGGGCCCAGGGUCACCACAGAGGAUGGUGCAGAUUCGUCCCUAAGCAAAGCGCCCAGCUGCAGUGGCGUGCUGGGGCUGCAGUCCACACUGAAGCCUGCUGGCUGAGACGGGCUCUCAGAGGGAGGCCUGCCUUUCUCUCACUUGCACAAAGGCGCCUUUGGCGUGAACUGUGGUUCUGCUGGGACCCUUGUGAUCUCCAUAUCGGAGGCCCUCCUUCAGCCCAGCCCUGGUCUAGGCCCAUCCUUCCGAGAGCCUCUUUUUCCAUCUUAGAGUUGGGGUGUGUUCUGGAAAACAAAAGCCUGUUUCAUGGCCCGUCCCCUUACAGGGAAGGGGGAUGCCACAGUCUCUCUGCCUUGCGUAGAGCCGGGUGUCCAAGUAUACCUUAAGAUCUGUUGUCCUGUAUGAUGGAACCGAGGCCUUAGAACAAGACAGUCCCAUGUUUUGCAGGCUUGGACCUGCAUCUGGCCUCAAGCAUCUGGAAAUGUGUAUUUUCUUUAUUACCCAGACUUGGAUGGCCUUGUGGGGGUUCAAGGGAUAGAUCCUACUGUCGCUUCCUUUAAAUUAUUAACUAUUUAUUGUUUCUGGAACCUAUGAGCUUCAGCUCUCCCAACCAGACCCUGGGAUGGGUGAGAGAAAAGGGGGGGGGUGUCCCUCCCAUCCCCACUCUGCCCAGCUCUCAUCACUGUCAGACCCACCAGAGCUGAGGGCGGAGGGACUGGGGGCUGGGGCAGCCUGGGUCCCCAUCCCCCUCUCUGUGCCUCGGUCUCCCCCCUUCCAUGGUGGGCGGGGGGAAGCUCCAUUCUUAACCUACCUCGUUUUGGGGAGGAGUGGGACAGGAGACUAGAGUGCUGUAUGGUGCUGUGGGAUUUUUGGAUGAAGCAGUGGGGGCUGGGAGCCCAGCCCCCACCUCCCAGCACCGCCUCUCCCAGGUCUCCCAGUCCUGUUCCCUGCUGAUACCCACCUCUGAUCCAUGAUUACCCUUCAUCACCCCCAAAUCAGGGGUGCAUGGAGGGCUGACCCUGGGAGCCAGGAAGACCUUACACCCUGGAGCACCCAGGCCCAAUUUCCCAGCUGCUUGCCCCUCAGAUUGGAUGCUUGGCCCCCAGGCUUGGGGGAGGCACCCCAACAUUUAUCUUCCUGAUUUUGAUUCCAAGCCAGUCUGUGACCUCAACAUUGUUAGUGUCAGUGCAGGCUGAAGUGGGGGGGAGGAUGGGGGCCCAAGACCCAGCCUUGUCAUCGGGGGAGGGGGCAUGAGAUCUGCUCCAAGAAACGUCUGUGACAAAGUCUCAGCCUGAGUUUUUUAUUUGCAUUGGCGCGCCCCACCCACUCCUGUUCCUGAAUUGCCAUACCAGUCUCCUGCCUCAGUUGUCCCUUCCCCUCCACAUCCUUUAGUCCCAAGAGAAGUCAGCAGAGUCUCAUUCCGUCAUUCAAGUACAUUCAUUGGGCACCCCAUAUAUCAUGCACCUAUUUCGUAUAAAGCAGCUGGAACAGGCAA